AUGAAGAUUCUGAGCUUCAUAUUAUUUUUAUUUGGUCCUGCAUUGGUUCUCGGAGCGGUACUUCCUGACGAUAGAUCAGCAAUCCGUGUUGAGGAUCAACGGGCCUGGUAUAAUGACGCGAAAAACCGCUUACAACAAGAAAAUGCAAAGAAGAAAAACACUAAUAGAGCAAAAAAUAUCAUUGUCUUUAUUGGCGAUGGAUUUGGAAUCUCCAGCAUUACUGCAUCUCGCAUUUAUAAAGGACAAUUAGCCGGCAACAAAGGCGAGGAAAGCUAUCACAGUUUUGAUUUAUUUUCAAACGUUGGUCUCAUCAAGACGUAUUCCACAGAUAAACAAGUAACUGAUUCGGCAGCCUCAGCAACUGCCAUACUUUGUGGCGUGAAGACGAAACAAGGCAUGCUUGGGGUGGACCAGUCGGCGCCAAAAAAUCCAUGCGACAAAAAAAGUUUUGAAGCAGCCAAAGUCGAGAGCCUUUUAACAUGGGCCCAAAAGGCUGGCAUGCGAACUGGGUUGGUAACUACAACAAGAAUAACUCAUGCUACCCCAGCAGCGGCUUACGCACAAGUACCGAACAGAGGUUGGGAGAGUGACACUCGCAUACCUAAGGAAUAUAGGUCGUGCGUCAAAGACAUUGCUAGGCAACUUGUGGAGGAUGCCCCGGGAAAAGACCUAAACGUUAUUUUUGGUGGAGGCAUGUGUCAGUUUGUUUCAUGCAGAUCUGACAAUGAAAAUUUGCUUUCUAAUUGGAAGCAAAGGGCAAACGCCGAAAAGUUGAAAAGCAUGUUUGUAAUGAACAAAAUUCAGAUGGACCAACUUACAAAUGAAACAAAAGUAUUAGGCCUCUUUGAUUCAAGUCACAUGUCCUUUGAUUUGGAAAGAGAUAAAACUGUAACAGGCCAACCUUCAAUUGCUGAGAUGACGGCCAAGGCAAUUAGUUUACUUCAAAACGGUGAUAAGGGAUUCUUUUUAUUAGUGGAAGGAGGAAGGAUAGAUCAUGCCCACCACUUAAAUUUAGCAAAAUUAGCUCUGGCCGACGCAGUAAGCUUUGAAAAAGCGGUUCAAACUGCCUUAAAUAUGACUUCUAGCAACGACACGCUUAUAGUUGUGACUGCUGAUCAUUCACACACAAUGACAAUCAAUGGCUAUCCUGAUAGAGGAAAUGACAUUUUAGGACUCAAUAAACACACACAUAAGAAUGCUUAUGCAACCGAAACACUCACUUAUGCGAAUGGGCCGGGAUUUUUAAAGCACAGGAAAAAUGGGACCAUCAAAAAGGGAGAAUAUCCUUGGAAUGACCCAUCAGAAAUGACCGACAGAAAUGAUAGCAGAUACAGUCACUUUGCCCCUAUCUACAAGGCAUAUGAAUCUCAUGGAGGAGAGGAUGUGGCAAUCUUUGCAAAUGGCCCCUUUUCACAUCUUUUCAACGGCGUCUAUGAGCAGAAUUAUAUCGCACACGCCAUCAGCUGCGCCGGCCAAAUUGGUCCAAGUGCAGACUUGUGCAGUGCAGCACCUUCACGCUUUGGCUUCAAGUCUUUUUCAUUCGCGUCUUUGCUAAUAUUUAAAUUAGUUCUUGCUAAAUUGUUUUAAUUUUUGCAACAUGUAAU